AUGGGUGUCGAGGGGGGAAUGAAAUGUGUGAAGUACCUACUCUUCUUUUUUAACUUCAUCUUCUGGGUGAGUAAUGCAGGUGGAGGUUUGGAAACCCGACUGGCUAGGAUGUGCUGCUUCUGUCCUGUGAGGUCUGUGAAGUGUCAACUUGUGGCUCUAAUACAGCUCAGCGUCUAGAUUGAUUGUGAAAUGCCUCUGACACUUAGUUAACCCAUCUCAUGAUUAAUUCAGGGGGUUCACAGUUACUCUAACUGCUACAGGGAAAUUCCAUGGUAAUGGAUUACGCUGAGACUCAGAUUUUUCACUGUAAAAUGUAUACCAAACAAAAGCCAUGAAUUUAAAGUUUAACAAACCAUACAACUCCAUGCACAUGGACUACUUUUAAUAAUUUCCACUGAACAUUUUACAAAAACACAUUUACAGGAAGAACUGUGCAGGUACAAAGAUUUGGUAACAGAAUAAAACUGAUGGAGAUUUUACUGUAAUUCUGUUAUGAAACUUUUACAGUAAAUUUACAUUUUGUAUUUAUUUACUGUGUAAAUUGUUCAAAGUAGUCAUUGUGCAUAGUGGUAUGGUUUGUUAAAUCAAUGUUUUUUGUUUGGCAUACAUUUUAAAUUGAAAAAUCUUAGUCCCAGCGUAAUUCCGUUACAGUGGAAUUGCCCUGCAGAUCUACUGUAGCGUAUUAGUUUGGUCCAUGUGAUAUGUUUAAGACAAGUCAAUUAUUUAAACUCCUACUUAAAACGGAACAUCUACGAACCCAGUAUUCGGGGAAAGAGCAUUUGUUCAUCAUGACUCUUUAUGGCUGUAAAAGUUACACACACCUCCUCCGCAACUGUCAGUUGUGAUGUAGAUAGCUACAAAGUAAAUGUUUAUGUUGGUUGUGGGACAGAGAGCAGAGCAAGGUUUCACUUUCCAUUAGUUUACCUCCGUUUCCUAGUCUCUUAAUGUUUGGCAUUAAACUGAUAUUUGUUAUUUUUAGUUACGUGACCCAGCUUAUAAGUAGUCUGUAACUGUUUGUGUAUUUAUUGAAUCUAUACUGAACAAUAUAUACAUGUAAAGUGUUGGUCCCAUGUUUCAUGAGCUGAAAUAAAAUAUCCCAGAAAUGUUCCAUACGCACAAAAAGCUUAUUUCUCUAAUUUUCUGCACAAAUUUGUUUACAUCCCUGUUAGUGAGCAUUUCUCCAUUGUCAAGGUAUUCCAGCCACCUGACAGGUGUGGCAUAUCAAGAAGAUGAUUAAACACCAUGAUCAUUACACAGGUACACCUUGUGCUGGGGACAAUAAAAGGCCACUAAAAUGUGCAGUUUUGUUACACAACACAAUGACACAGAUGUCAAUUGGCAUGCUGACUGCAGGAAUGUUGUCCGAAGCUGUUGCCAGAGAAUUGAAUAUGUUCCUUUCUCUACCAUAAGCCACCUCCAACGUCGUUUUAGAGAAUUUGGCAGUACGUCCAACCGGCCUCACAACCGCAGACCACGUGUAACUACACCAGCCCAGGACCUCCACAUCUGGCUUCUUCACCUGCGGUGGAUAGCUGAUGAAACUGUGGGUUUGCACAACUGAAGAAUUUCUGCACAAACUGUCAGAAACCGUCUCAGGAAAGCUCAUCUGUGUGCUCAUCAUCCUCACCAGGGUCUUGAUCUGACUUCAGUUUGGCGUCGUAACCGACUUCAAUGGGCAAAUGCUCACCUUCUAUGGCCACUGGCACGCUGGAGAAGUGUGCUCUUCACGGAUUAAUCCCGGUUUCAACUGUACCGGGCAGGUGGCAGACAGCGUGUAUGGCAUCGUGUGGGCGAAUAGUUUACGGAUGUCAACGUUGUGAACAGAUUGCCCCAUGGUGGGGUUAUGGUAUGGGCAUGCAUAAACUACGGACAAUGUACACAAUUGCAAAAUUUGAAUGCACAGAGAUAACGUGACGAGAGAUACCGUGCCAUUCAUCCGUCGUCAUCACCUCAUGCUUCGGCAUGAUAAUGCACGGCAACAUGUCACAAGGAUCUGUACACAAUUCCUGGAAGCUGAAAAUGUAUCAGUUCUUCCAUGGCCUGCAUACUCACCAGAUAUGUCACCUAUUGAGCAUGUUUGGGAUGCUCUGGAUUGACGUGUACUACAGCAUGUUUCAGUUCCCACCAAUAUCCAGCAACUUCGCACAGCCAUUGAAGAGGAGUGGGACAACAUUCCACAGGCCACAAUCAACAGCCUGAUCAACUCUAUGCGAAGGAGAUGUCUGGUGCUGCAUGAGGAAAUUGGUGGUCGCACCAGAUACUGACUGGUUUUCUGAUCCACACCCAUACAUUUACAUUUACAUUUAAGUCAUUUAGCAGACACUCUUAUUUUUCAAACGGUAUCUGUGACCAACAGAUGCAUAUCUGUAUUCCCAGUCAUGUGAAAUCCAUGGAUUAGGGCCUAAUUAUUUUAUUUCAGUUGACUGAUUUUCUUAUAUGAACUGUAACUCUUUGAAAUUGUUGUGUUUAUUUUUGUUCAGUGUAUUUCUUUCCAACGCCCCAUGACUAUGUCAGCUUGUAAUCCUCCUGUUGUAAGGCCACUGCGCAAGAGUCUGUCAGCUGACCCAGGACACACACACACACACACACACACUUCUGCGCUUUACAUGUAUUUCCUUCCUUGCUGCAGUUUAUUGCCCACUCACUGUGUCUGUAUUACAGGCUUACUGAAAUGUGUCCAACAGUACAUACAGAACACAUUAUCAGUGACAAAACAGAGAGAGAACAAAUAUGAAACUAUUCAAGUGACAAGACUUUCGCUGUAACAUCUGACUAACCUUUUAACUCUUGGGAGCAUAGAACAGAUUAUUAGUGAUUUACUUCACUGGACGGAAAGGGUCUAUCAGGGGAUAUCAGGGGCGGCAGGUAGCUUAGUGGUUAAGAGCGUUGUGCCAGUAACCGAAAGGUCGCUGGUUCUAAUCCCCGAGCCAACAAGGUGAAAAAUCUGUCGAUGUGCCCUUGAGCAAGGCACUUAACCCUAAUUGCUCCUGUAAAUCACUGUGGAUAAAUCUUUAUCUAUUUAUUUCUGGAUAUCUGACAUUUUAUUAGAUAUAAGGAGUAGACAUGCUCCAGAUACGCAUGUCCUUAAUUUCAUAUACGGAGCUAGGAUAUUCUCCGUAAUGGGACAGUUUCUACAUCUAUCCAAUCCAGACCUCAAAUCUCACUGCUACAGUACGAGUCCAGGGAGAAAUCUGGGGUGAAUAUGUUUAAGACACACACCUGAUGCGCAUGCACCCGCUUACAUACAGUGCAUUCGGAAAGUAUUCAGGCUUAGAUAUGUCAGCAUGUUGACACAUACCGUUUCCGGAGUUAGAAUAUUCUACAAAUACAGUGCAUUUGGAAAGUAUUCAGACCCCUUAACAUUUUCCACAUUUUGUUACAUUACAGCCUUAUUCUAAAAUGGAUUCAAUCUUUUUUUCUUCAUCAAUCUACACCCAAUACACCAUAAUGACAAAGCAAAAACAGUUUGUUAGAAAUGUUAGCGAAUUUAUAAAAAAUUUUACUUAGCACAUUUUAAAUAAGUAUUCAGACCCUUUACUCAGUACUUUGUUGAAGCACCUUUGGCAGCGAUUACAGUGUUGAGUCUUCUUGGGUAUGACGCUACAAGCUUGGCACACCUGAAUUUGGGGAGUUUCUCCCAUUCUUCUCUGCAGAUCCUCUCAAGCUCUGUUAGGUUGGAUGGGGAGUGUCGCUGCACAGCGAUUUUCAGGUCUUCUCCAGAGAUGUUCGAUUGGGUUCAAGUCUGGGCUCUGGAUGGGCCACUCAAGGACAUUCAGAGACUUGUCCCGAAGCCACUCCUGCGUUGUCUUGGCUGUGUGCUUAGGGUCGUUGUCCUGUUGGAAGGUGAACCUUUGCCCCAGUCUGAGGUCCUGAGCGCUCUGGAGCAGGUUUUCAUCAAGGAUCUUUCUGUACUUAGCUCAGUUCAUCUUUCCCUCGAUCCUGACUAGUCUCCCUGCCGCUGAAAAACAUCCCCACAACAUGAUACUGCCUCCACCAUGCUUUACCGUAGGGAUGGUGCCGGGUUUCCUCCAGACGUGACGCUUGGCAUUCAGGCCAAAGAGUUCAAUCUUGGUUUCAUCAGACCAGAUAAUCUUGUUUCUCAUGGUCUGAGAGUCCUUUAGGUGCCUUUUGGCAAACUCCAAGUGGGCAGUCGUGCCUUUUACUGAGGAGUGGCUUCCAUCUGGCCACUCUACCAUAAAGGCCUGAUUUGGUGGAGUGCUGCAGAGAGGGUUGUCCUUCUGGAAGGUUCUCCCAUCUCCACAGAUAAACUAUGGAGCUCUGUCAGAGUGACCAUCUGGUUCUUGGUCACCUCCCUGACCAAGGCCCUUCUCCCCCGAUUGCUCAGUUUGGCCAGGCGGCCAGCUCUAGGAAGAGUCUUGGUGGUUCCAAACUUCUUCCAUUUAAGAAUGAUAGAGGCCACUGUGUUCUUGGGGACCUUCAAUGCUGCAGAAUUAUUUUGGUAGCCUUCCCCAGAUCUGUGCCACGACACAAUCCUGUUUCGAAGCUCUACGGACAAUUCCUUCGACCUCAUGGCUUGGUUUUUGCUCUGACAUGCACUUUCAACUGUGGAACCUUAUAUAGACAGGCAUGUGUGCCCUUCCAAAUCAUAUCCAAUCAAUUGAAUUUACCACAGGUGGACUCCAAUCAAGUUGUAGAAACAUCUCAAGGAUGAUCAAUGGAAACAGGAUGCACCUGAGCUCAAUUGACCUCAAUUCACCUGAGUAAUUGUCCUUAUUUUCAGCAUAUCAAAAAGCAUAUCAAGAUCCGGAUAUGGACCUCAGCCAAGAGAAGCAUAUCUGGAAUCAAUAUAGCUUAAUAUAUUGAUUGUGCUGAGAAAACAGAUAUGCGAUGUAUUUGUCAACAUGAAGAGAGAAAAUAGGAUGUUGCAUAUCUCAGGAUAUUGAAUGAGUCCAUAUCCGGCCAUAGGAAUUGUCCAUGUGUGAUAUUCGGAGUAAUCCCAAUAUCAUAUAUGUGUAAAAGAGAAAGGUGGGGAGGAGGAGAGAGAAUCGGUGUGAAAGUGUAAUCUGAGUCUUGUGACCAUUUCAGUGUUAUGACAAUAUCAUGUGACUUGUUCACUGAUACAAAGCGUUCAUGUGAAAAGUUAAGAUCUCUGGACUAAUCCCUCGCUGUGUAGAUUUUUGGACUAAUUCUUGGUCUUCUUGGUCUUCAUCUUGGACUAAAUCUUGGUCUUCUUCUUGGACUAAUUAUUGGUCUUCUUCUUGGACUAAUUAUUGGUCUUCUUCUUGGUCUUCUCUCUUUUCUUCUUCUCUUUUCUUUGUGAGAGAGAGAGCUCUGUCGCACGCUGGGUAUGUACAUAGUCAAUGGUAGGCUUCGAGGGGACUCCUACGGUAGGUACACCUAUAGCUCAUCUCUUGGCAGUAGUACUGUAGACUACUUUAUCACUGACCUCAACCUAGAGUCUUUCAGAGCGUUCAGUCAGCCCACUGACACCCAUAUCAGAUCAUAGUCUACUUGAGCAGAGCAAUACUCAAUCAUGAGGCAUCAAAACCAAAGGAACUGAAUAAUAUUAAGAAAUGCUAUAGAUGGAAGGAAAUUACUGUGGAAACCUACCAAAAAACAAUUAGGCAACAACAAAUUCAAUCCCUUUUUUAGACAACUUUCUGGACAAAAUAUUUCACUGUAAUAGUGACGGUGUAAACUUGGCAGUAGAAAACCUAAACAGUAUAUUAUUUUGACAUAUUCUCCUAUGAAAUAUUUGAUCUCAAAUCCAAAAUUCUGGAGAUUAGAGCCACAUUUAUUACUUUUUUCAUCACUGUGUCUCCAUGUAGUUCAAGGUAUUGCUGUAAUAGGUCCAGCAUCUGUCAACCAAUGCAUACAAAGGUGUGUUUGUGACCCUCCUGUUUACUCAACUUAAGCAGGUUGUGUUUGUGGUUAUUUAAAUGACGAGGGCUGGACACUAUUGGCAAAUAACUAUGAUACUAUCUCUUUAAAGUAAAGAAAAAAUGCUGCGAAUGUGACUACUUUUUAAAGAUAUCUCGAAGGAUUUUUGCGCGUGUGUCCUUGAUCCAUAUUAGUUAAUUUGAAUGCUCAUUUAGGACCCAGUAACCUGACUGGUUCCAGCAUACCUGAGUGACAAGGGGUUACUAGAAAUGGCUCCAGGUCUGAAUGCUAUUGUGAACUCAUUACAGGACCUGAAGCAUCUUUUGAUUGAGACGGGGUUAAGCCAGGAUCUGAUGAGUCUUUAGUACUUUCUUGUCAUUUUAAAAGUAUGGCCUCUUACAAUAACAAAUGUAUAAUUAUGUAGUACAGAUUAUGAAAUAGUCUAAACCAAAGCAUGUGAAGACAAAGUAAGAUCCUGUUCACAUGACUUAUUUAAAAACGUUUGAAUAUCUGUUGCGUUGUACAAUGCUUGUAGAAGCCUGUGCGUGAAUGGGGUCUAAGAUGUAAAUGUAUAUUUCUGUGACUUCUAAUCAUGAACUCUCUCCUCCAUCUCUCCAUUUCUUUAUCUCUCUAGCUGUGUGGUCUGGCUCUGAUAGUUCUGGGAGUCUUGGUUCAGGUGGCUCUUCACAGCACUGUAGUGAUCAAUAAUGUCUCAGCCUCGUCAGCCCCCAUUGUCCUCAUCGUGGUGGGGGUCAUCAUCUUCUUCAUCGCCUUCUUCGGCUGCUGUGGAGCCUGGAAGGAGAGCUACUGCAUGGUCUCCAUGGUAUGUUCACGUAUGACAUGACACACGACAUGAUAUAACCUCUAUGCAGGAGAGCUGCUGCAUAGUGGUCACCGUGGUAUUCCAAACAAAAUGUGUUGUAUACACAUUUGAUGUUGGGUCCACAUAGGGCUGUGGCGGUCAUGACAUUUUUUCAGCUGGUGAUUGUCAAGCAAAUAAAUGCUGGUCUCACAGUAAUUGACUGUUAAUUAACAUAAACACAUUUAGCAUCUCCUGGCUUCCACACAUAGCCUACAAGCCACUGAUGCAGAUCUUUGGAACAUCAACAUUUAAAAAAGUCUAAUAAAUCCAUUUAAUAUAGCCUACACCAUCACAAUAAAUCCAUUGUUUAUUUUAGACAGGUCUAAAGAAACAUGAUAUGAAGAAAAUGUAGAAGAACUGAAUAGCAUACUCUGAGUUGUCCUUAUGUUAGGCCCUGAUCUGGCUAUGCCAAAUGGCUCUGGACUACACUAGUUCAUUUAGCAGACAAGAUUUGCUUAGAAUUCCGUUGCAUUCUGUGGCAAUGCGAGCUGUGGCAAGAAGGUUUGCUGUGUCUGUCAGCGUAGUGUCCAGAGCAUGGAGGCGCUACCAGGAGACAGGCCAGUACAUCAGGAGACGUGGAGGAGGCCGUAGGAGGGCAACAACCCAGCAGCAGGACUGCUACCUCCACCUUUGUGCAAGGAGGAGCAGGAGGAGCACUGCCAGAGCCCUGCAAAAUGACCUCCAGCAGGCCACAAAUGUGCAUGUGUCUGCUCAAACGGUCAGAAACAGACUCCAUGAGGGUGGUAUGAGGGCCCGACGUCCACAGGUGGGGGUUGUGCUUACAGCCCAACACCGUGCAGGACGUUUGGCAUUUGCCAGAGAACACCAAGAUUGGCAAAUUCGCCACUGGCGCCCUGUGCUCUUCACAGAUGAAAGCAGGUUCACACUAAGCACGUGACAGACGUGACAGAGUCUGGAGACGCAGUGGAGAACGUUCUGCUGCCUGCAACAUCCUCCAGCAUGACCGGUUUGGCGGUGGGUCAGUCAUGGUGUGGGGUGGCAUUUCUUUGGGGGGCCGCACAGCCCUCCAUGUGCUCGCCAGAGGUAGCCUGACUGCCAUUAGGUACCGAGAUGAGAUCCUCAGACCCCUUGUGAGACCAUAUGCUGGUGCAGUUGGCCCUGGGUUCCUCCUAAUGCAAGACAAUGCUAGACCUCAUAUGGCUGGAGUGUGUCAGCAGUUCCUGCAAGAGGAAGGCAUUGAUGCUAUGGACUGGCCCGCCCGUUCCCCAGACCUGAAUCCAAUUGAGCACAUCUGGGACAUCAUGUCUCGCUCCAUCCACCAACGCCACGUUGCACCACAGACUGUCCAGGAGUUGGCGGAUGCUUUAGUCCAGGUCUGGGAGGAGAUCCCUCAGGAGACCAUCCGCCACCUCAUCAGGAGCAUGCCCAGGCGUUGUAGGGAGGUCAUACAGGCACGUGGAGGCCACACACACUACUGAGCCUCAUUUUGACUUGUUUUAAGGACAUUACAUCAAAGUUGGAUCAGCCUGUAGUGUGGUUUUCCACUUUAAAUUUGAAGGUGACUCCAAAUCCAGACCUCCAUGGGUUGAUAAAUUUGAUUUCCAUUGAUAAUUUUUGUGUGAUUUUGUUGUCAGCACAUUCAACUAUGUAAAGGAAAAAAGUAUUUAAUAAGAUUAUUUCAUUCAUUCAGAUCUAGGAUGUGUUAUUUUAGUGUUCCCUUUAUUCUUUUGAGCAGUGUAUAUUCUUCAUCGUAAUAUUUUCUCCCAAGUUCUCUAUCCUUCUGGGUCUGAUCAUUAUCACUGAGAUUGGUGCAGCCAUCGCUGGAUACGUCUUCAGAGGCAACGUGAGUAUACUCAUAUCAGGCAGCUUUUUUACAAGUCUACCUAUCUAUACAGUAACGUAUGUACAGUCUUCACUCUGUCUACACCUAUCAACAUCAUUUUUUGUAAUUCCACAAGUUAACCAUGUUUUUCUUUAUUUAGCUGACAGUCAUUGUCCAUGAGAGUCUCAAUGACAUGGUCACCAAAUACAGCAACGGCACCGACGAAUUCAAGAAGGCCCUGGAUAAACUGCAGAUUGAUGUUGGUAUCAACCAUUAAGUAUUGGUAGAUGAUAGAUCUAUAUGCUUUGGGACAAAAUAAACAAUUGACAUACACUAGCUAGGUUUCCAUCCAAUUGGCAAACAGAUUUUCAUGCGAAUAUUCUAAAAUCUGCAUAAAAAGAAUGUAUGCAUUUUUCCACCAGAGAUGUGUUUCCAUCAAAUUGACUUGUUGCAGGUAAAAGGUUGUGCGUGAUGACAUAGUGCACAUAAAAAUACAUUUUGCAGUUAAAUUCCCAUGUACCAAAAAAAAAAGAAAAGAUAAGCUAAAUGGGUUUCCAUCGCAUUUUCAACUCUACUGAUGUUUUUUGGACAAAACAUUUUUUGUGCCCACUCUGGUAUUGGCACAUGCGCUCUAGCCAACACCUCACAGAUACAGUGCGGGUAUAGCCUACAUGAUGAGAUUAUUAUGAACAAAAUAGUGUUUUUAUUUGUCAAACGGCAGCCAAGCAUCGAUGAUCAUGUUACCAGAAUAAGACCCUCGAUAUUUAUUGGAAAGGAGCAUCAAGCUCAUCAACUUGCACUUUCACCACCCUGUGAAGUUCAUAACUUAUUUAAUCUGUAGCCUAAUAAACUGCAUGCUUUCCCGAUGAGUCGUAGUUGGAGGACCACACAUGUCAUCGCGUGACUUCAAGUUUACUUUCGAAUUUAUGGUUAUUAUAUCAAUAUUUGCGCAUAAAAGCAUUUCCACUGACAUUUCUUGCUAAUUAAUUUUACCAACACAAAAAGAUCACACCUUGUCUAGCAUAUUUUGUUUUGGCGACAUUUAUAAAGUUUACCGACAAAUGUUCUGUUUCCAUCAGGCCUGCCAUAAAAAAUGUUUAUCCGACAUGUACUUUACUCGCAUAAAAAAGUUGGAUGGAAAACUGGUUACUGAUACUUUUGUGACACCACCUUCAGGGGAGGUCCGACAUACCACUUAUUGGAUCUGCAAAUGUAGACAUUUUACUGCAUUCGAUCCUACAUCUUUCAUUUGUUGUAAUGUGAAAAGUUUGCAUUCUGUAUAUGUCUUACUUAAUUUGCUUAAUUUGGCACCUCAUGUAACAUGACUCCAUCUUGUUAGUGUGUAAGUCUUCUAUGCCAGAUGUUUCUUGUCUUUGUCUUCUUCUGUUGACAUUAUUAAGAAAUAUCCUGGCCUGCUUCCGGUCUGUUGUUUCCCCCGUCUAACUUACUAACCUUACUACGUCUCUUCCUUUAUCUGGCUUUCCCUGUCUACCUGUCAUGUUCAAACUUAUUCUUGCUGUUCUUCAUCCAGCUGAAAUGCUGUGGCGUGAGCAACGCCACUGAUUGGAGAGGCAACUUUGGGUCUGAGAACAACUCUGUGCCAGACUCCUGCUGUGUCAAUGUCAUCGCUGGCUGUGGUCAGGGGGCCAUGGAGGAUUCAAGCAAGGUGCACCAGACGGUAAGGUCCAACCCAGUGGUUGAUUUGUUUUUGUGUGAAAAAAUACCAAUUAAUCCAAGCAAAAAUACUUCCAGAAAAGUGUAUGGGUCGGGAAUGACAUUUCUCUCUGAUUGCUAUCUAGGGGUGUCAGACUGUUGUGGAGGAGCUGUUGAAGAAGAACAUCAUGUGGGUCAUUGUAGCGGCACUGGUGAUCGCUUUCGUGCAGGUAGGAGCAAGCAAACACACAGUCAACCAUAUACAUUUGCACACACAAAUCCUGGGCUUGGAAGACCGGCUGAUUGUAGAUGUUAGUUCAACACACACAUAUACAGUACCAGUCAAAGGUUUGGACACACCUACUCAUUCAAGGGUUUUUCUUUAUUUUUAAUAUUUUCUACAUUGUAGAAUAAUAGUGAAGACAUCAGAACUAUGAAAUAACAAAUAUGGAAUCAUGUAGUAACCAAAAAAAGUGUUAAACAAAUCAAAAUAGAUUUUAGAUUCUUCAAAGUAGCCACACUUUGCCUUGAUGACAGCUUUGCACGCUCUUGGCAUUCUCUCAACUAGCUUCAUGAGGAAUGCUUUUCUAACGGUCUUGAAGGAGUUCCCACAUAUGCUGAGCACUUGUUGGCUGCUUUUCCUUCACUCUGCGGUCCAACUCAUCCCAAACCAUCUCAAUUGGGUUGAGGUCGGGUGAUUGUGGAGGCCAGGUCAUCUGAUGCAGCACUCCAUCCCUCUCCUUCUUGGUCAAAUAGCCCUUACACAGCCUGGAGGUGUGUUUUGGGUCAUUGUCCUGUUGAAAAACAACUGAUAGUCCCACUAAGCGCAAACCAGAUGGGAUGGCAUAUAGCUGCAGAAUGCUGUGGUAGCCAUGCUGGUUAAGUGUGCCUUGAAUUCUAAAUAAAUCACUGACAGUGUCACCAGCAAAGCACCAUCACACCACCUCCUCCAUGCUUCACGGUGGGAACCACACAUGCGGAGAUAGUCCAUUCACCUACUCUGCGUCUCAGAAAAACACGACGGUUGGAACCAAAAAUCUCACAUUUGGACUCAUCAGACCAAAGGACAGAUUUCCACCGGUCUAAUGUCCAUUGCUCAUGUUUCUUGGUCCAAGCAAGUCUCUUCUUAUUAUUGGUGUCCUUUAGUAGUGGUUUCCUUGCAGCAAUUCGACCAUGAAGGCCUGAUUCAUGCAGCCUCCUCUGAACAGUUGAUGUUGAGAUGUGUAUGUUACUUGAACUCUGUGAAGCAUUUAUUUGGGCAGCAAUCUGAGGUGCAGUUAAUUCUAAUGAACUUAUCUUCUGCAGCAGAGGUAACUCUGGGUCUUCCUUUCCUGUGGCGGUCCUCAUGAGAGCCAGUUUCAUCAUAGCGCUUGAUGGUUUUUGCGACUGCACUUGAAGAAACUUGAAAAGUUCUUGAAAUGUUGACUGACCUUUGUCUUAAAGUAAUGAUGGACUGUUGUUUCUCUUUGCUUAUUUGAGCUGUUCUUGCCAUAAUAUGGACUUGGUCUUUUACCAAAUAGGGCUAUCUUCUGUAUACCACCCCUACCUUGUUACAACACAACUGAUUGGCUCAAACGCAUUAAGAAGGAAAUCAAUUCCACAAAUUAACUUUUAACAAGGCACACUUGUUAAUUGAAAUGCAUUCCAGGUGACUACCUCAUGAAGCUGGUUGAGAGAAUGCCAACAGUGUGCAAAGCUGUCAUCAAGGCAAAGGGUGGCUACUUUGAAGAAUCUAAAAUAUAUUUUGAUUUGUUUAACACUUUUUUGGUUACUACAUGAUUCCAUAUGUGUUAUUUCAUAGUUUUGAUGUCUUCACUAUUAUUCUACAAUGUUGAAAAUAGUUUUUAAAAAAUUUUUUACAGACAGAUUAUUUCACUUAGAAUUCACUGUAUCACAAUUCCAGUGGGUCAGAAGUUUACAUACACUAAGUUGACUGUGCCUUUAAACAGCUUGGAAAAUUCCAGAAAAUUAUGUCAUGGCUUUAGAAGCUUCUGAUUAGGCUAAUUGACAUAAUUUGAGUCAAUUGGAGGUGUACCUGUGGAUGUAUUUCAAGGCCUACCUUCAAACUCAGUGCCUCUUUGCUUGAAAUCAAAAGAAAUCAGCCAAGACCUUGUAGACCUCCACAAGUCUGGUUCAUCCUUGGGAGCAAUUUCCAAAUGCCUGAAGGUACCACGUUCAUCUGUACAAACAAUAGUACGCAAGUAUAAACACCAUGGGACCACGCAGCCGUCAUACCGCUCAGGAAGGAGACGCGUUCUGUCUCCUAGAGAUGAACGUACUUUAGUGAGAAAAGUGCAAAUCAAUCCUAGAACAACAGCAAAGGACCUUGUGAAGAUGCUGGAGGAGACGGGUACAAAAGUAUCUAAAUCCACAGUAAAACGAGUCCUAUAUCGACAUAACCUGAAAGGCCGCUCAGCAAGGAAGCAGCCACUGCUCUAAAACCGCCAUAAAAAAGCCAGACUACGGUUUGCAACUGCACAUGGGGACAAAGAUUGUACUUUUUUGAGAAAUGCCCUCUGGUCUGAUGAAACAAAAAUAGAACUGUUUGGCCAUAAUGACCAUCGUUAUGUUUGGAGGAAAAAGGUGGUUGCUUGCAAGCCGAAGAACACCAUCCCAACCGUGAACAUGGGGGUGGCAGCAUCAUGCUGUGGGGGUGCUUUGCUGCAGGAGGGACUGGUGCACUUCACAAAAUAGAUGGCAUCAUGAGGAUGGAAAAGUAUGUGGAUAUAUUGAAGCAACAUCUCAAGACAUCAGUCAGGAAGUUAAAGCUGGGUCUUCCAAAUGGACAAUGACCCCAAGCAUACUUCCAAAGUUGUGGCAAAAUGGCUUAAGGACAACAAAGUCAAGGUAUUGGAGUGGCCAUCACAAAGCCCUGACCUAAAUCCUAUAGAAAAUGUGUGGGCAGAACUGAAAAGGCGUGUGUGAGCAAGGAGGCCUACAAACUUGACUCCGUUAACACCAGCUCUGUCAGGAGGAAUGGGCCAAAAUUCACCCAACUUAUUGUGGGAAGCUUAUGGAAGGCUACCCGAAACGUUUGACCCCAAGUUAAACAAUUUAAAGGCAAUGCUACCAAAUACUAAUUGAGUGUAUGUAAACUUCUGACCCGCUGGGAAUGUGAUGAAAGAAAUAAAAGCUGAAAUAAAUCAUUCUCUCUACAAUUAUUCUGACAUUUCACAUUCUUAAAAGAAAGUGGUGAUCCUAACUGACCUAAAACAGGGAUUUUUUACAAAGAUUAAAUGUCAGGAAUUGUGAAAAACAGAGUUUAAAUGUAUUUGGCUAAGGUGUAUGUAAACUUCCGACUUCAACUGUAAUAUCUCACACACACAUUUGCAUGUUUUCUAACUGUGUUUUUGUGUGUGUGUUUCAGAUCAUGGGCAUCAUAUUCGCCUGCAUGUUGAUGAGGGGCAUUCGCAGUGGCUAUGAAGUCAUGUGAUUAUUCUUCCAAUAACGGGUGGGGAGUGGCUGACAGUCAGUCAAAUUAUCAAAUCAAAUUUGAUUGGUCACAUACACAUUUAUUUUGCCGACGUUAUUGCGGGUGUAGGGAAAUGCUUGUUCAAACAUUUGUGAUUGAGAGUAACAUUUAUUUACACAUUUCUUAUUUUCGAUGUAAACACAUAAAACAGGUGCCUUUGUAUUAAGGCCAAAAUGUCACCUGCCAAGAAUAUCAAUGUUUUGUUAUUUUUUAGAUAAUUAUUUGUAAUUUAAUAGAGCAGCAUUCUCAAAUUGGAGUUUGCACUUGUUUUUGUUGUCUCGUGUUUUGAAAGUGAAAUGUUCUUUUAACUUUAAUCUUAUGAACAUUUUCUACUCUAAAAUGUAUGUUUUUCUUCCUGGUUCCCCAAUUUCUAAGGAUUUUUAUUAAAGAUUUCAGUUGAUACCUUUUCACCUUUGUUGAUUGACUCUGAUGCUCUCUAGUGUGUCCAAGUGGAACAUUUGCUGUGGCUCCUCACUGAGUGGAACACCUGACUGAAUCUACACUGAACAAAAAUAGAAACGCAACAUGUGAAGUGUUUGUCCCAUGUUUCAUGAGCUGAAAUCAAAGAUCCCAGAAAUGUUCAAUACGCACCAUUUCUCUCAUUUUGUGCACAAAUUUGUUUACAUCCCUGUUAGUGAGCAUUUCUCCUUUGCCAAGAUAAUCCAUCCACUUGACAGGUGUGGCAUAUCAAGAAGCUGAUUAAACAGCAUGAUCAUUACACAGGUGCACCUUGUGCUGGGGACAAUAAAAGGCCACUAAAAUGUGCAGUUUUGUCACACAACACAUUGCCACAGAUGUCUCAAAUUUUGAGGGAGUGUGCAAUUGGCAUGCUGACUGCAGGACUGUCCACCAGAGCUGUUGCCAGUGAAUUGAAUGUUCAUUUCUCCACCAUAAGCCACCUCCGUCGUUUUAGAGAUUGGCAGUACAUCCAACCAACUUCACAACCACAGACGUGUAACCACGCCAAACUGUAAGAAACCGUCUCGGGAAGCUAAUCUGCGUGCUUGUCGUCCUUAACAGGGUCUUGACCUGACUGCAGUUCAGCGUCGUAACCGACUUCAGUGGGCAAAUGCUGACCUUCGAUGGCCACUGGCAUGCUGGAGAAGUGUGCUCUUCACAGAUGAAUCCCGAUUUCAACUGUACCGGGCAGAUGGCAGAGAGCGUGUAUGGCAGCGUGGGUGACUGGUUUGCUGAUGUCAACGUUGUGAACAGAGUACCCCAUGGUGGGGGAAUGGGCAGGCAUAAGCUUCGGACAACUAACACAAUUGUAUUUUAUCUAUGGUAAUUUGAACACACAGACACUGUGACGAGAUCCUCAGGCCCAUUGUCGUGCCAUUCAUCCGCCACAAUCCCCUCAUGUUGCAUGUUUGGGAUGCUCUGGAACGACGUGUACGACAGCGUGUUCCAGUUCCCCCCAAUACUCAGCAACUUCGCACAGCCAUUGAGAGGAGUGGUACAACAUUCCACAGGCCACAAUCAACAGCCUGAUCAACUCUAUGCAAAGGAGAUUUCGCACUGCAUGAGGCAAAUCGUGGUCACGCCAGCAACUAACUGGUUUUCUGAUCCACGCCCCUACCUCUUUUUAUUAAGGUAUGUGACCAACCGAUGCAUCUGUAUUCCCAGUCAUGUGAAAUCCAUAGAUUAGGGCCUAAUCAAUUUAUUUAGUGUGUGUGUAUGUGAGACACAAGUCUUAUCUCAUCCUACCCCCUAACAGUUCCCCACAUUAAUCACAGCUUGUUAUAUUAAACAAUCUAUAUCAGUACAGUACAAACCUAUUAUGUUUAAUCAUUAAUGUAUUAUUUCUAAGCUAACAGCACAUCUAAAAUAUAAGAGAAUAAUUUCCCACAAUCCCCCUUUUCACACCUGCUGGGUGUGAACCCAAAAUAAGAAAACCCAAAAUAAGAAAUUUCAGGGAAAUUUAGGGUGUCACUCGUUAAAAUACAAUACAAACGAAAAGAAUCACACUUUUAUUAAUAGGCAAUAAUGAUAAUAAAAAGUCCUUCCAUCUACACCCAACUUGUACUAGGUUGGCUACCAGCCACCCAGUAACUUUAAACCUUCACAUAAGGAAAUACAAACAUUCACAAUGGUUAACUUGAUUAAUAAAGCAUAAAACAUAAACAGGGAAGUAAACUUUGGUCCCCUUUAGACACCCACUAGGGUGUCACUCCACCACCUCACCAAUAGCAAACCAAGGGUCAUCCUUUGUCAACCCCAUCUCAGUGUCUGCAUCCCCUUCUUGAGCCCCUAGGAGGGGCAUCAUACCAGCCGUAUGCACGACAUCUGUAACAGACUUUCUCAAACAAGGAAUUACACAGGCAGCACAGCACAUUAAUAUUAGAAACACAACUACUAGAGUCAGAAAUCCAGUAACCACCAAUGAUGCGAACUUACCAAACCACUCCCCCAACCAGGAGAACAGUCCAUUUCCCUCCAUUCCAGCCAUGCUCUUCAUUUCAGCUGAUAGUUUAUCUAAACCAACUAGAGAUACUCCCGUCAGGACUGGUAUUGUUAGGGAUAAAUGUACAACAAUGGCUUACCAUUCUAUAGACACCACCCCUUUCUGCCUGAUCUAGAGCCAACCUCUUUUUACUAAGUCAUAAGAGUGAGAUGGCGGAUAAUUGUUCAAAAGAUCCUUUCUGUUGCAUCCCUAGUCUAGCCAAUAAAUCGUUGUUGGUCGUAAUAGAUAUAAUGAAUCCAAUUCACAAUUUUGUUUAUUGUCACCCACCAAAAGAACGUGGUAGUAAACCCUUCCCCUAAUUGUUUCAUAGCUCAGUAUCCAUCCGAUACCCCCCUUGGUAUCCCAAUCGCAUCCAUCUAAAUAGGGCUAUUCUCCUUCUUGUUAAAACUCCUCCUACAUCUGUUUAAUCCUUGGUUCCUGGUGACUAAUUCUAACUAGCUGAACCAGUAGAACCAGAGCGCAUGUAUCUAGCCACCCCUUUGGAAUUCUCUGCCUUACACUGCCUUUACUGGCACACGCCCACCACACAUCGGUUACAGGGGUUGUAAGGUUUAGAAUUCUCUCCUGUGCUUCCGAACUUAAAUCUCCAAUUGAUAAUUGGUGAUGUCUUUGUUUCUCUUUAACCCCCAUCUGGAUGUUCAGUCCCCCUCGUUCUCAUAUCCCCAUCCCCAAGUGUAUUUAAACACCUGAGUCUACGAACAAUCCGCCGUGGGGGCCGAACACGAAUAUAAUGGGAUUUUAUAAUCCCAAUUUUCUUAUUGACAUGUACCCCCACCCAUUGGCUACGUCCCUAACCCUUAUUUUAAAUCUGACAGUCUGCCCUUCUCUGACUCCCAUUUUGUAGGCCACUCGUCCUUGACGGUCAGUAUGUCGGGUCGCUUCUCUUCUCUUUUACUUCUUAACAAUGGUAAGGGCAUAGCACAACUGGUGGUGGAUCUUGACAUAUCAAGACCAUUACCGAGACUGAUGCAACUCAAGUUAUCCAUAUUCCCAAAAACCGCCAACCCUCUCCUGUCCUCAGUCUUUCUGCUUGGUACUACCCCAUACUCACACCCUGAGAACACACUACAGUGAUGAUAGGCCGGGGUAGGAGAUCUUCGUUAACAGAGGUGAUCCCCAGACCCUAUUGGUACAGUUCUUCUCUCUAACUCUGCAUGUGUUCAGUGGUGCUUGCAUGUGUUCUUACCUUUUUGCAGUGGGUAACGUGGACCCAGGUUACUCUUUCUGCUAUUCUAAUGGCAAAGGCAGUGACCAAUAUAACCUGAUAGGGCCCUUCCCAACAGGCCUGCUUCCAGUUUUUCUUCUUUAGGGACUGGAUGCUCACCAGUCACCUGGUUAGAUAGAGUGGGUCACCUUCUCCUUUAGUUCACCUGUGGGGCACAAAACCUCUGACAUACGGGUGUGGUUAAUAAACUAUCUUCACACAUGUUCAGCUCUCAAUUUCUAUUUCUGACUGCAUUCUCUUUCUAGACUGUAUGUAAAAUCUUUUUUUUAAAGUAUUUUGUCCUCUCCUUCGUAUAUAUUUAUUAUUUAAUCCUACCAUCUCCUACCAUCCCCCCUUUGACACAUGUUUUGCUCAUGUGUCAAUAUUACCACCUACCUAAACAAUCACUUAGGUAAUAUUGGUAAUUUAUCAUCCAAUUGCCAUCCCUUAUUUUUACCCCCUAAUUUUAACAUAACAACCCGUUAUAACCAUCAUACUAGGUGUGUUGUUUUUUUAUUUGAAAAACCCAAUUAGAAAAACAACAACCACAAAUAGCCAGGCCCCACUUGAUUUGGUAGACUCACUGCCUAACUUCACUACUGCUCCCCCUAGCCCUGGGCAACAUUCCAAUGAGAUAAGCUAAUCUCUUUCUCCUGGUUAUAAUUUUGUUAACCUUCAAUUACCAUCAGUAAUCUAAAGAUGGUAGUUCACACAAAACAUGAUACAGAUAUCCCCAGUCCUAACCCAUCAAUAAUUGUUUUGUAUCAAUCUAAUUCCUCAUAACUAAUCCAUAAAACCACUCAAAAUUCCUUGAGUAUACAAUGAUUAUUUAAUUGAUUAUCCUAAAUCUGCUACAUGUGAUCUCAUCUCAAAUGAUCCAUUAUCAAUUAUUUGAUCAACCCCCUAGGAAAAUCUGUCUCCCCUUCUAUUGUUCCUGUCCCCCCUAUAAAUGUCAUAUUUCAUUUUUUAGCCAAUACAAUCACAGUUACAUCAAAUGUUCCCUCCUUUGGCCAUUUAGUUACUAUCUUUCUGGUCCUUUUUCUCAUUUGUUAGAGAUAUUACCAAUAUCUUCACUAUUUUCUGGGAACCUUCUCUUCAUGAUUGCUACUGGUGAUCCUGCCAUCUCUACUUCUGGUGUGGUCUAAUGUCUAUAUUAGGGUGUAAGGUAAAUUAUUCCUGUUGUCUUUUUCAGCUAAACGUUUUAUAUCCCUCAGUUAAUGGUAUUUUCUCCCUAAUAUAUCUUAUUAUUAUAUAUCUUCAUACUCUUCUUCUUUCCCUAAAUGAGAUUGAAUCCCUUGCCUUUCCUCUACUAUCCUUCUAUCAUUACUGGAUCAAUGAUAAUAACUGUAAUAACUAUUUCACAUUAAAUUGUGCCUUUUUCUGAUAAUGUUAUAAUUGUAGCCUAUUGCAUUACUUUAGUUUAAAAUAUAAGUUUGUUUAUUUAACAAAUCUAGAACCCACUAUAGGUUGGUGCUAUUCCCUCAGCAUAAUAGCUAAAGCUACUUGCAUCCCCUGGUCCCCGUAACGAAAAUAAAUUAUCGUUCUAGAAUUCACCAACUAUUUGCAUACACCACUGGUGUUAAGCAACCUAUCGAAUAAAGUAAUAACAAUUAGAAUGUAUUAAAGCACUGCCUUCCAGUCAAGUAUUUAGACCUCUACUUGAAAUCUUACAGCUCAAUCUAACUCGCUUGACUGUCUUUUUUUUUUUUUUUUUCGCUAACCAGAGCCAUAAAUUAUUCUCAACUCAAUUUUCACAGCUCUAUCGCCAUUUUCAGUUCGCUAUUCAAUUUCUUUAACUGUUCUCUCUGAUUAGGCCCUAAUUAAUAAAACAAAUACUUGCUAUCGUUGAUAAGCAUACAUUUAAUGAUAUUCCUAUCAUUUGAACACUCUCUCACCCCUCCCCUUGCUCCUUCCUACACAACCGGGGAGGCGCGGGGACCUUGUAACAUAUUUUCAUAGACCUUUCUAGAAUACUUCUACUUAAGCUAUCUAAUUCAACCUUUCACAUUUCUCAAUCCACGUAGUAAUCUAGGUCUAUAGCCCCAAUGCGAAAGCUUUACCGACUGUCCCUACCUGGGUUCGAACCCGGGAGCCUCUACAUACAUUGCCAGUCACCCCACACAUUCCGCGAUCCUUUCAAAGUAUAUACUUCCAGUUCAUAGAGCAAGUGACGUCACCAAAUGAAAACCGCACUAGCUCUCACCUCAUUCAGCAACACAAAAACUCUCUCUCCCUUCACCCAUUCCCUAUUGAAUAAGUGAGUCUUUCUAUUUAACCCCAACCACGCAACAAAUCUUCCAUUCAACAUCAACAAACCAAAUACUCAGUAGUAUCCGGUCACCACCCAUACCAGCCGCCGAAUUCACUCAUACACACAGACCCCACCCCAUGCCACCGAAAUGCCCAACAAAACAUAAUAGUUCAAUGGUCCCCCUAUUGGCUCUCCACUAUUUAUACAUUACUUCCAUAACCACACCAGUCAUGGUCCGAUCACCCAUCAAACCCCAUCACAUGAUCAAACAACGGCACAACCUUAAACUCAUAUGGGGCGGCAGGUAGCCCAGUAACCAAGAGCACCGUGCCAGCAACCAAGAGGUCGCCGGUUCCAAUCCCCGAGCCGACCAGGCGAAAAAUCUGCCGAUGUGCCCCCGAGCAAGGCACCCAACCCCAAUUGCUCCUGCAAGUCGCUCUGGACAAGAGCGUCUGCUAAAUGACUAAAAAUGCAAAUGUAAAUAUUCUCUACUUUCUCACCCAUGAUGUACGUCUACGUUCGGGUGAGCAAGUUCAUACGUUAUACAUCUAAGGUUGCUGGGGCCUCUUUCAUUCCCCGCCAAUAGAUUAGGUAAGGCUAUCAGUGGGUACUGGCCCCCUCUUACUCUCUCAUCUCCUGACUCAUAAUGACUCCCUCCUGAGCUCAGCUCCUAAACAUUUGAUUCAACUUAUAAAUCCAGGUAUUUCAUUUCAAUUUCCCAGAUCAAUAUUGUGUGGCAUUAAAUAUAAAAUAUUGAUAUAUUAGUGAACUUAAUCACAUCAAACCAAUUUCAUGUUGUUUUAAACAUCAAACGUUAAAUUGAUGUGGCGUCAAACAUAAAACAUUUAUAUUUGGGAACUUAAUCACAUCAAGCCAAUAUCAUGUUGUGUUGAACAUCCAACGUUAAGUUGAAUAAUAUAUCAAAUUUCAACUUAAUUUCUUCUUUAAAACCAAUAUUAUGUUAUUUCAAACACCAACGUUACAGUUUAAUUAUAUCAGUUCAAUACAUUUCAAUUUAGUUAUAUUGACUAUUCAUUAUCUUUACCUUUACAUUGUCAAAUUCAACUUCGCCUACUAUCCUACUCCCUAUCUAAAAAAUACUCAGCUGAACCUAGCCGUACCCUCGUAGUUACGGACCUUGCCAGUCCCUAGUAUUUAUAAAAAAAUUCCCAAACCUAGCCGUACCCUCGUAGUUACGGACCUUGCCGGUGUAAUUCUUCGAACCUAGCCGUACCCUCGUAGUUACGGACCUUGCCGAUAGCAAUUACUAAGUCAAUUAUUCCCUGUAUCUUCGAACCUAGCCGUACCCUCGUAGUUACGGACCUUGCCGAUAGAUUUCAGUAUUUUCCCCGAACCUAGCCGUACCCCCGUAGUUACGGACCUUGCCGGUGGAACAAUACUCUAUGGUACCAUGGUUUAACAUCACAUUCACUAAAGGUUUGCAUGUCACAAUAUGGUGCUUAUCUACUCAUAAUAAUUCGUAUAAUAAUUCAUAAUUUAGUUCACUUACAUCAAACAGGUGUUUCACAAAAUUUAUUUGGAUAAAGCCAAUGUGCAGAACUUUAGUUAUAUAACAAUAGGUGUCUGCUUACCUGUUUUUAGUUGUCCGGACUCUUUGUGAAACACACCGUCCAACGACAGCGAUGUCCAAUGGGCCGGACAAUACCCAGCGAAGUCCCUCUACCAGAUCACAUCGGUGGUCACCAAUUGUUAAGUUUCGUCAAUUCAAAUCUGGUAUAGGAACAAAAAGAGGUCAAUACACGUCUUCUAAAAUAGACUAGUAUUUUAAUUAAUGCAAAACACUUCAAUGGUAAAUAUGAUGUUCGUAUAUACGGGCCCACUGAAAAAACACGCAGGGCAGUCAGAGAACUGAGCCAUUGUUAUAAGUUCUUCUUUAAAUACUCUGACAGAGAUUGGCCUGCUUGGAGCAGGAACUAUCAGAGUAGAGGCUGGGCGUGGUUUAAACUUUCCCAGCCUAUUGCUGGCGCACAGGCUGGUCCCAGCCCCUUGGCGCUUCACUGUUGCCAGGUGUUAGUUGUUUUGCAACUUGUCCAGAGAGUCAGCACUUUUGCAGUACACAUGUCCUUGAGCGGUUAUCAAAGAGGCAGUGUGUGUGUAUGUGAGACACAAGUCUUAUCUCAUCCUACCCCCUAACAGUUCCCCACAUUAAUCACAGCUUGUUAUAUUAAACAAUCUAUAUCAGUACAGUACAAACCUAUUAUGUUUAAUCAUUAAUGUAUUCUUUCUAAGCUAACAGCACAUCUAAAAUAUAAGAGAAUAAUUUCCCACAGUAGGUUACUUUCUAAAUGUAAUCUGUUAGUUACUGGUUACCUGUCCAAUUGUAAUCAAUAACGUAAUUUUCGUAUUACCCAAACUCGGUAAAGUAAUCAGAUUACUUUGUUACUUUUUGAGUACUUUCCCCUUAAAGGGGAACUCCACUCAAACUCUUUUGGUAUUUUUCCCCCCCAUUGGUCCACUGAUACAGUCCCAAAAUAUUUUUCAUGUCAGCAGUCAAGUUAUCAAGAUAUUGGACUUUCAAGGAGCAAUGUGUCAUCGGCCACAUCAUCGGUGACACUUUGCUCCUUGAAAGUCCAAUAUCUUGAUAGCUUGACUGCUGACAUGCAAAACAUUUUGGAACUGUAUCAACAGUGGACUAAUGAAAAAAAUACCAAAAUAUCGUUUUUGAGUGGAGUUCACCUUUAAGCGGACAAAAAGGAUCCAUUAAAACAAAUGUUGGUGUCAUCAUAGUAGUCUCUGACUUGUGGUCAGAUUUGCUUCGGUGGAACAAAGUUAAACUUGCAACUUUUUUGUUUGUUGCUGAAUUGAAUACCAUUUAGGUUUCCAUCCAAUUGCCGAUUGAUUUUCAUGCGAAUAUUCUGAAAUCCGCAUAAAAACAAUAUGCGCAUUUUCCCACCAAAGAUGUUUCCAUCAAAUUGACUUAUUGUAGAUAAAAGCCUGUGCGUGAUGACGUAGUACACAUAAAAAUACACUUUGCGGUUAAAUUCCCAUAUAACGAAUACAAAAAUACAAGUUAAAUGGGUUUAAAUCGCAUUUUCAACUCCACUGAUUGUUUUCUCACAAAAAAUGUUGGGUUAUAGCGAGUGUGCCCACUCUGGUAUUGGCAUGUGCGUAUCUGCGCGCUGUUGACUAGAACACACGUAUAGCCUACAAACUGAGAUUAUUAUGGACAAAAAGAGCGAGAUUAAUUUUAUUUGUCAAACGGCAGCCAAGCAUCGAUCACGUCACCAGAAUAAGACCCUCGAUAUUUAUUGGAAAUAAGCAUCAAGCUCAUCACCUUAAAGUUUCACCAGCCUGUGAAGUUCAUUUAUUUAAUCCGUAACCUAAAACGGCAUGCUUUCCCGACGAGUCGUAGUUGGAGGACCACAUGUCAUUGCGUGACUCCAAAUUUACUUCGAUAUGAUUAUUAUAUCAAUAUUGGCGCAUAAAAGCGUUUCCGCCGACAUUUCUCGCUUAAUUCAUUUUAGACACAAAAAGAUCGCACCUUGUCUAGCAUAUGUUUUGUAAACAUUUGUAAAGUUUACCGAUAAAAUCUUUCAAUCAGGCCUGUCAUUACAUGUUUUAUCCGACAUGUACUUUACUUGUUAAAAAGUUUGGAUGGAAACCUGGUUAUUGAGAAAACAAAGGUGUCGUAAUGUAUUUUUUUUCUCACAAACAUCCUCUUUGAAUUUAUAAGUAAUCAACUAGUUUUUCAAAAGUAUCUGAUUACAAUAUUUCUGCUGGUAAUGUAACUGAUUAGUUCGUUUUUGUAAAUCAGAUUACAUUUAAUCAGUUACUCCCCAACCCUGCCCUUGUAUAUAUGAACAGUAAAACGACACACCAUAUGAUCUCCAAAAAGGCUAUGUUAUGGGUCUGGGUUGUAAUGUCUGCAGACUACUACUAACUACUAACUAACUACUUUUCAAAAAUGACAAGCUGAACAUUGACAGAUAACAUUUUUUUCAGCUCUCUAUGCUUCAUAUUUUCCAUGUCUAUGAUAAAACCUCAGCUUAACAAGUAAACAAAACCAGAUUCAAGGCUGAGUACUGCACUGUUAAGAGCUUGCAAGUAAGCAUUUCACUGUACCGUUUACACCUGCUGUAUCGUGUGCAUGUGACAUAAGAUUUUAUUUGAAGCCUGAAAACAUUGACCAGUUUGAGACAUUGCAACAGUUGCUAUGUUAUCACAUUUCCUUCACCAUCACCACAAAAAUCCAAAGCAUCAAGUAAUCACUUUGUCCUUCUAAAAGUGAGAUAUGAGUUGUAAGGCUUGGUGUUUAUUCCGUUGCGUUGGUAGACUGCAGAUGUUGAUGCCCUAUGGGAAAGUUGCCCUUCCCAGCAUGGUGAGAGAUGGCUGA